AUAACUAAUAAACACUUUAUUAAUUAGGCUAGCAAGUAAUAAAAACUUUAGCCACCAAAAACAAAACCAUGGAUAUCAAAUUAUGCUUAAAUAAUUUUGGAAAAGGUCCCCCCAACAGAUGAAAAUCAAAGCCUGAUUGGUUAACAAUUAAAAAGGGGAUGGGCAUAUUAAUGAGACGGGCUAAAAAUCUUCAGCUCCUCUUGCUAAGAUCAAGAUUAGAUCAUGAUGCUGCGUGAAAUGAGAAGAACCAUGAGAUCAUUGUACACUUCAACAAUAAUACUGUAUGAAGAUGUAGUCUGAUGGAAAUGGAUAUCUUCAACAAAGAGAAGAUCUAAUUCAGUUCCAAUUGAUCAAUGAUGGACAGAAUCAGCUACACCUAGAGAAGGAACACUGGGAAAUGAGUGUGAAUUGCUUGCAUUUUUGUUUUUUUUCUCAGGUUAUUUUUACCUUCUGAAUCCAAUUCUUCCUGUGCAACAAGAGAACUGUUCGGUUCUGCACAUAUAUGUUGUAUCUAGGAUAUAUCAUAACAUAGGGGAGGGGAUGGAAGGAGAGAAGUAAAAAGUCGGAACAGGAGUGUAAAAGAUAAUGUUGUAAAAAAUUACCAUAUGUACUGUCAAUAAAAAGUUAUUUAAAAAAAAAAGACUGGAUCAUGAGAUUCAGGCCAUUCUCUGCAUCAUUUCUUACCGAGCCUUAAUCUUUUUUUUUUUAAUUUUAUUUUUAUUUUGAACUUAAAAGACCAAAAAAACCCAGUUAUGAGCUUUUCCAUAAACACAUAAAAAUACACAAAAAAAAAUGUGCAAGAAAUUAUGAACCUUCAUUAUAUACACUUAAAAGCAUACAAUCAAUUUUAUAUUACUUUCAAAACUGGCCUCUUCAAUUGUGUUUCUUUUUGUGUUCUCAUAUAUUUUCAAAAAAUGUUUCAGUGGGCAUCUUUGUUGAUUAUUGUUCAUUUUCCUCUAUCUCGAUUUCCCAAUUAGCACUUUAUUGCUAUAUACUUUACAAAUAUCUCAUCUGAUUCUCAAAAUGAUCCUGAGAGGUAGUUGUUAUUAUGAUCCCUAUUUUAUGGAAGCAGUAAGUGAAGCAGAAAGAGAAUAAGUGAUUUUCCCAGGGUCACAUAAUAAGCAACUGAAGUUGCAUUUGAACACAGGUCUUCCAGACUCCAGAUCAGUACUAAAUAGCACCAUCUAACUGCUUUAAAAAAAGAAAAACCUUAUAACAGAUAAAUCCUGAUUUAUCUGGCCACUGGGUCCAGAUGGCUCUGGAGGGGAAAGCAAGGCCACUAUCUUGCACACCAUCCCUCACUUCAAUCCAUUCACUUGCAUGUCAUGGCAUCCUCUCUCUGAUGCAUGGUCCUCUUUGAUAACAAAGGAUAAAUGGCAGCAGCUUCCUCCGGCAAUUGGGACAAAGGAAUCCAUCUUUUUUCAGAUCACUCUAGUUGGUUUUCUCCUUCAUAAUUUGGGUUACCCUAACUUCCAGUGGGGAGGUUGACCAUAGACCUUCUAAGUUGGUGGGGCUCAGCCAAAAUCACAGAGAAUGGACCCAGAGGAUCUGGGGCAAUCUCGUCUAUCAGCAAUGCCCUUCAGAGACUGACCGAAUGAUUUGUAAGCACUGGUCUCUGAAUGAGCAAGUAGAAAGGAAAAAUAUCAAUCCUAAUUUAAUAAUCAGGCAUCAAUUCAAUAGAAUAAUUUCUCUCCAAUGUAUGCUUGACUCUUAUUCCUGGAAAAACUCUGAAGGAGAGAGUUGUGAGACCCAAGAAAGGGAAGCCAUGAUGACUAACCAUCAGCAUAGCUUCCCAAAAAAGAGGUGAUGGCACAAUGAUCUCAUUCCCUUUUUGGGGGAACACUUAAGAUGGGUCAGCACCUCAACCUCAUUUUUCUAAGGAUGGAAGUUGAGCUGUAAUUUUUGUUCCAGCCCAGGCUCAAAGAGAUAAUGAAAUAACUCACCUGAGAGUCCAAUUAGUAGAUGAAACAGUCAAGAUAAAGGCCUAGGUGCUCUGUCCAUCCAGUCUUAUUUUCUCCAUACUAGAAUGUCUCAAAAGAAUGUGUGUGAGCCAAGAAUUGUCCCUAGUUUGCCUGCCUUAUUACCGAUGUGACUUUAAUUGCCUUUUUGCAUCUUUGCACUUUUAAAUAUAUGCAUAGGAUUUUUUCCAAAAUAAGAUUGCAAACCCUAUGAGGGCAGUGUCUGCUUUCUAUUUCUAUAUUCUAGAAUUUUAAGACACAGUUUUACGAAUUAAAAAUAUGAAAUAUUGAAUUCAAUUAGAAAGCAUCAUGCUCAACAAGGUUCUGAGAUUUUGAUUUUGAGGAUGAUUUUCCCUAAUGAGUACAAAGAAAUGGGGAAAAAAAGACAUUCUUGUCUUCAAAAUAACUAGAAGAAUAUUAUGAAGCAAAAAAUUGGAUACUGAGAAAGGCUGUUGUAUUUGGCAAUUAGAUCAUUUAGUAUCCUUGGUUACUUUGGUGACAAAGAUUGAUUAGAAGGGGGGUUGUGUGUGUAUAAGUGGAAACAUCCCUAGCCAAGUGAAAGAGUUAAGAUGGCAAUUAGAAAGAUUAAUACACUCAAGGAAGAGGUCAGUAAGGAGGCAGAUGAAGAUGCAAGAAAGAAGUUUCACAAGAGAUUGAAGGGGACAUGACUCAAGAUUCUGAUGGAAGAGCUAACUUUGGCUAAAAGAAGACAGAUAUGGAUAGUUGUGGAGGUGAAUUCGAUAGGAACAGGGAUAGAAACUGGCAUGGUUCUUUCAUUUCACUGAUAUAUGGCAUUCCUAUCAAAGUGAUCCCUUCUCUGAAAUCCAGGUCUCAGCAGUUGCUAAGAACACAGAGAAGCAACUUGUGGAUCACAUAGUCCUUGUGUCAGAGGUGAGACUUGUACUCGCAUCUUCCUGGUUCUAAGGCCAGUUUCUCUUUUAACUUGGAUCACACUCUAAAUCUGAUGGAUUGGUCUUCUCUCAAUACCACUGUCAGCCAGAUUACUUGCUAUGAAGGGGCUAAGGUAGACUAGAGCCUAGCUUUUUAAAACUGCAGGUCAUGACCCCAAUGUGGGGGUCCCAAUCCUUAGUCAAUUUUUUUGUGUAUAUCUAAUUUAUAAAUCUACAUACCUGGGAUAACAUAGAAACUUCUUGGGUGAAAAAGGAUCUCAAGUGGGAGUUUAACAAGGCUUAGAGUAGAGUAUUUAGUAAGAGAAAAAUAUUUAGACCACCCUUUAUAGGGGUAUAAGUAGUCAAUAAAUAUCAAAAGGUUUGCUGAAUAAUAUGGGUUCUCAGCCAAGGGUAAAGAUCAAGAAUAAUCAUUGAAAUUUUCCCACUUUCUCCAGGAAAACUUGGUAGAAUGAGAACUACAAAAAAGAAAGUAGGUAUAAUGGUAAUUUAUCCAGGGUUGGGGAUAACAGUAUAGUAUAACAAAAGUCAAGAAUGGUUUGAUAUUCUAGCAUGGUGCCAAGGUUGACCAUACCUGAAGUUCAGGCAGGAUAGGGAAGAAAAUAAAGACAAAUCAGAUAUGUAACUUGGCAAUACAAAUAUUUUGCUAAUAUUUAACAUACACAUCUAAUUUAUUUUUAAUAAAUUCCAAAAUACUGUAUACAACAAAUCACUCUAAAUGUAAAAAGUACUUUCUCAUUACCUCCUCUGGGCUCUGUAUGUUAUGUCUGCUCUUAUAGUUUUUAUUAUUAUAUUAUAAUCUGGUAGAGAUCAGGGUCUUUUUAUUUACAUACCACCUAUCAUAGAGUCUAAAGUAGCAAACAUUAAUGUUGAAUGAAUUGCAGUAAAAAAAAAAAAUCCUGUUAGCGAUGAUAAUACGAAUUGGUUAUUAUUUGCAUCCUUACUGUCAGUAUAAUUAUUUGGCACCCCCCCCCCCAAAAAAAAAAAAAGAAAAAAGAAAAAAUACCUUUGCAAGAAAGCUAGGUAUUACUAUUCUGUUUGCUGCUUUAGGCUUUCCACAUCAGGAAAGCAAACACAGAAAUCUGUGCAUUGAAAACAACUUCGUUCAUUCUAAGCCUCACUAACAUCCAAGGGGCCCGCCUCCGUCCCCAGCCACCUCGGUAUGGCGGGACAUUCUAAUAUAUGCAGAAACAGUUCUUUCUUUUCUGGUUCUCUCUAAUUGCUUUGCUCCCCUCCCCCAACCUUUGCAACUUCCCCCCACCUCCGCCCGACCCGUUUGGCACAAGACAAUCUCCAAGAGCUCGUCCGCCCCUCAAACCCCCUCCUCCCGCCUUCGCCUCUCCAGACUUCUCCCCCUUUCUUUUUUUUUUUUUUUCCUGUAAAAAGGCAAGGUGCAAGAGAAGGUCUCUGGCCAGGCCUAGAGGGUGACAGCGGAGCGCAAACUCCGAAAACCCUUAAGAUUGGAGGAACCCGAGGGGCAGCCAAGUACAAUAACAGAAAUUCAGCCGCGCAGGUGGAGGGAGGGGUGUUUAAGCCUAACUUCCGGCGCCCGCCCGAUGACGUCUCCAAAAGCCCACGGGCGCCUGUCCCACUAAAGAUGGCGCUGCACUUGGUGCGGAAGGCGCGUGCAUGCCGCAGCUUCAUUCGAGCAUUUCAUGGCGGAACCGUAGCGGAUCCCGUCCCCCAGAAUAAUGGCAUACAUCGGAUAUUCUCUGGCAUCCAGCCUACGGGGAUCCCUCAUCUAGGGAAUUACCUGGGAGCCAUUGAGAGCUGGGUGAGUCUACAGGAAGAAUGCAGCUCAAUUUUAUUUAGCAUUGUGGACCUCCAUUCCAUCACUGUGCCCCAAGACCCAGCUGUUCUUCACCAGAGCAUCUUGGAUAUGACUGCUGUCCUGCUUGCCUGUGGCAUAAACCCAGAAAAAAGCAUUCUUUUCCAACAGUCCCAGGUGCCAGAGCACUCAGAAUUAAGUUGGAUCUUUGGAUGUCUGGUUAGAAUGCCACGGUUACAAAACUUACCCCAGUGGAAGACUAAGAAUGCCAGCCUGAAACAAGAGGGGACAGUGGGUCUCUUCACAUACCCAGUACUUCAAGCUGCAGACAUUCUGCUGUACAAGUCCACACACGUCCCUAUUGGGGAAGAUCAAAUCAAACAUAUGGAACUGGUCCGAGAUCUAGCACAACGUUUUAACAAGAAGUAUGGGGAGUUCUUUCCGGUACCCAAAUCCCUUUUAACCUCUAUGAAGAAAGUAAAAUCACUCCGUGAUCCUUCGGCCAAAAUGUCAAAAUCGGACCCUGACAAGCUAGCCACCAUUGGGAUAACAGACAGCCCAGAGGAGAUUGUGAUGAAGUUCCGUAAAGCCGUCACAGACUUUACUUCGGAGGUGACCUACAACCCAUCUACUCGAUUGGGUGUCUCCAAUAUGGUGGACAUUCACGCUGCGGUGACGGGCCUCACGGUGGAAGAAGUGAUCCACCAGAGUGCCGGCCUUGAUACUGCUCGCUACAAAGAUGUGGUGGCAGAUGCUGUUAUUCAGAAAUUUGCACCAAUUAAAAGAGAGGUUGAGAGACUGAGGGUAGAGAAAGAUCACUUGAAAAAGGUUUUACAAGCUGGGGCAGAAAAAGCCAGAGAACUAGCCAAACCAGUGUGCCAAGAAGUCAAGAAAUUAGUAGGUUUUUUAUAAGACUCUGAUAAAAUAAUCAUGUAUAUCCCUAACGGAGGGAGCUGACCUCAGGCAUAGAAAACUGUAUUGUUUAUGACUCUUUUGUUGGACCAUCCCUACCUGCUGACUUCAGAUGAACAAGCAGUGUUUUGUGACCCUAAAUAAGUAGCACUUUCCCAAAUCCUAUAAACAAAAUUUUGCCAUCAGAAAAAAAGGAAAAUGAAAUUAAAGCAAUAACCAUGGCUAAAUAUUCAAAAAGCCAUGUUGUUGCUGCUGCUCCAACUUCCUUCUUCAUUUUUUUCUUUCUUUUUCUCUUUUUCUUCUUUUUGGGGUUAGGAUUCAAAUAAUCCUGCAGGUUUGGGGUUUUCCCCCCAUGAAUCUCCAUCUGUUUCAUUUUACAAAAGUAAUUUUGAAUAAUCAGAAACAUAUCUUGUGCUGACCUCUUCCAGAGAAGAGUGGAUUUCGUGAGGAAAUAGCCAUUUAUGCAGCACCUACUAUGUGCUAAGCCACAUAGUCAGAUUAAAAGCUCCUACUUUUUACAAGUUGUUUCCUUGAUUAUUUUUAGCACAUAGCAUUAUUCUCUUUAAACAUAAUAAGAGCUUAAUGAAUACAUUGUUCAUUCAUUCAUUCAAUUUAUGUAAUAGCUUCUCUCUGAAGGUUAAGCAUUAAAUAAGACAGUGGAGGGUCAACUUAUAUGUGGAAUAUUGUUCUUCAAAAUAUUAUAGCCACUUUUUACUAACUUUUUUAAACCAAGAAGCUGAAUCCAAAAAAAAAAAGUCUGUAUGAUAGUUACUCCAUAAAAGGAGAGUGUGUUGUUUUUAUACUGCUGGCAUAUUUUAUGGACCACUGGAACUGAUGAACCCAGUCAGCCAUCUGUGUAGUAUCAGGCACACAGUUCAAAUUUCUAUGUGGUGUCACCUCAUGGCAAGUCUACCCCAGUCUCAAUCCAGAACACACUGCAGGCUCUCAAUAAAUAUCUAAUGAAAGAUAGAAAAUAGUCCAGAGAUUUUUCACAAAACAAAAAGUGACUUUUUACUUCACAAUUUCUACCAAGGCAUGUAAUCCUAAUUCACAUCUAUAAGAAAGAGAAGCAGAAGAAUUAGACAUUUCUUCUCUUCAGCUCUUAAGGCUUCUUUAAAGAUGCUCAAAGGCACUGUAAUCUUUUGGAGUAGCUUUCUAAGAAAGCCUCUCUCUCUCUCUCUUUCUCUCUCUCUCUUCUCCCUUUCCUUCUUUCCCUUCCUCCCCUUCUUUCUCUCUCUCUCCCUCUCUCUAAUCCAAUUUAAAGGAUUAUAGUUUUUGUCUCCUACAUCUGCUAUUUUAGCUCAUUAACAUUUGGCUUCUAGACUAAUAUCUUGGCCCUCACAUGGACGGAGUAUUUGGAUGUUGCUUAAAAAAAAUGUUGAGUUUAGCAGAUGUAAGUUAAUAUCUUGCAUUCCUCUGACCCUGAACCAAGUCCACAGUUAUUCUCUUGAAAACUCUUUAGAACAAAGGAGACAAACAUGAUAUAUUUUAUGCCUUCCAACGAAUGAUUUGUGACCGUAUUCAGAAUUGGCAGGGAUAAUUUUAUAAAUUUAUUGCAUCCAUUCAUGAAAUAGAAUCCAGGUUAUCAUUUCAGGUUUUGAAAUGAAGGGGACUGAUCACAAAUGACCAUCUUAAAUACCUACCGCUAAGUUAACUCAUUAUGGGGUCCUGUGGGAGAAUCUAUUGAGAACAACCGAAGGUAGUAGUAGUAGUAAAGGGACCCCUAAAAAGCCCUCAGAAAUUGAGAGCUUUCAAAAAAAAAAGGUGACUUGGCUGAUAACCAACUGACAUUUGACUGGCCCAGUCAUAUCAGUGAAAAAUAGACUCUAGAAAUAGACAUGUGUAGAGUGGAAACCAGAGGCCGACAUGGGUGGGCAGGAGAUCUCUUCUGAUAUAUAAAGAGGUGUACUAGAAGAAGUCUCUUGCACCUGAACUGAAAGCAAGUACUCACAUGGAUACAAGACCACAGGCGGGUUUUAUGACAGCUCUGAGGGAACAAACCUUUCCUCUCCUAGACUCACAGUAGAAAAAUAGCCAACAGUGGAAUUUUUGAAGUUGAUGGUUCCCCAGUGAAUGAUCUUAUUUUUUCCAUUGAUUUUACUGCCUGCCUUUUUCCAAUGCCUGUGUAAUACUUACUCCUUAUUCAUGAGAUUCUUAAGGCUCCCACAUGCUCAGGACUGGGGAGGUAUGAACUAUUACAGCUUCCUGCUGACCAUAGCUCCUUUGAUAAUCACACAGCACCAUGUGUUUGACCCCAAGAGCAUCCUAGAAACCACGCUCUUUACUCUUCAGAUCCAGGUUGAUUUUUAAAGCCUGCAGCGGCAGCUGCUUCUGCUUCCAUCAUCUCUGAUGCAUGUUUCUUUAUCUCCAUAAGUAACUACAAAAAUUCCACUUCACUCCUAUUAUAUUUCUCUCUUACACUUUUCCUAGUAGAGCCUCCUGUCUUCUACAUAGUCCCUCUCUUUUAGAAAUGUACCAGUCAAGCUCCUCCUUGCCUCCUGUUAUUAAGGGUGACUUCCUAUUCCUGCUCAUCAUACCAAACUCCUUUUUUUUCUCUGCUGCCUCUUCUAAAUACAGCCACCAGCACUCCUCCUAAUAUCCCUGCCACUUCUCACAAUCUUUCUUUUCAUCCUUUUGUCCCUAUCCUUUACACCUUGAACAGCUUCUCAGAGAUCAUACCACCUAAUUACUUUUCAACAUGGCCUUUUUGCAGAAAUACUUCUAAGAAGUAUACCUCAAAGCCCUUUAGACACUUUGAUUAGCUGAGGAGAAGAACAGCAUUAACAACCCCAUUUUAUCCAUUCUAACCUAAAAAUGACAACCACUUUCACUCCUCCAAUUUCAUAAAUAUAUACAUAUAUGUAUAUGGUGCAUAUGUAAUAUAUCAUGCAAUAGCUAUAAUAUGUAGCGUAAUAUGUGUAUAUGAUGCAUUUAAUAUAUGUAUUGCUAUAUAUAAUCAUUCAAUACAUAUAAGUAUAUUAUGUAAAUUACAUAGGUCUAUAUGUAUAUGUACACACACACACACACACACACACACACUUCUGGUUCCUUUUCCAGAUUGUGAUUAUUUCCUAUUUUAAUCUGGCCUAUACACAUUUCACUAACAGUUGAACAAUAUUCUCUUCUCCAAUGACAGCAAGGUGAUGAUAAUUUGCAGUUGAGUCCAUGCACUUAUACCAUCAAUCUCAUGCUGCAGCUAAAGAAAAGUGAUUCAGUUUAGAUUGUAUUUUUUCUAUGUGCAUUUAUGUGCAGAUGAACUAAAAAUAUAGCCUCAGGGACCUGUACGAAGGUUGAAAGGGGAUGUGACCAAAGUCUGCAAAGUUCUAAUGGUUAAGGAUUAAGGUGGCUUCAGAGCAAUGAACUAAGUCUGGAACACUAGAAAUAGGAAGCACCCCCUAAAUCAAAAAGGAAACAUAAAGGUAGUUUCUAUUCUUAACAGUAAACUACCACAGUGCAGAAUUAUGCAGAUGGAAAAUGUAAAUAAGUCUGAGAGGAAUUGAAAUUCAUGGAGGAGAGAUUCACAAAAUUAUGUUAAUGAUUUUCAGAAGGUAUCAUUAACAUUGAAAUGAGUAUCAUAAGAGGUAAUUGUCCUAUCAUUAUCAUCUUUUAUUAAUACUAUCAACAUCUGUAAACAUUUACAGAGUGUUUUCAAAAAUAAUCUACUAGGGGCAGCUAGGUAGAGCAGUGGAUAGAGCACCGGCUCUGAAGUCAGGAGGAAGGACCUAAGUUCAAAUCUGGCUUCAGACACUUAACACUUCCUAACUGUGGGAUCCUGGGUAAGUCACUUAACUACAAUUGCCUCAGCAAAAAAAAAAAAAAAACGAAAAACAAAAAUAAUGUACUAGAUUAAUCAUUGAGCCAUGGAAGCAUUGAUAGUGUUCUUAUUUAUGUAUUGUCCUAAGAUGUAAAUUAUUGUUUUAAAAGUACUGUAUGUUUUUAUGCACCCUAUUCACAUGCCCAAAUCUUAUUCAUAUUUGAAAGACAUUCAUUUGACUACUAUCUUUUUUAUGCUAUUAUCUUAUCUCUUUCCUCUCUUUCAUAGCCAAAGUUUUAGAAAAAAACUGUCCCAUUCAUCUUCCUCUCUUUUCCUUCCAUUAUUCUCAUUCAGUUCUCAGCUCCUUCCAACCUGAUUUCUAGCCUUAUAAUCCAACUAAAAUUUCUCUCUUUAAAGUUAUACUAUAUUAUAACUAUAAUUAUAGUUAUACUAUUCAUUAGUUAUUUACUAUUUAUUAGUUAUUAGUUAUUUACUAUUUAAUAAUAUAACUAUAGUUAUACUAGUUAUCUUCAUUGCCAACUCCAAGAGCUUCUGUGGCUCCCUAUUGCCUCUAGGUUAAAAAUAUAAACUCUUUAACAUGUAAAGCCUUAACAAUUUCACUCCAGCCUACCUUUCCAGGCUUAUUAUAUAUUACUCUUCUUAUUCCACUCUGCCAAAAGGCUAAACUGACCAAUUUAUAGUUCCUUUUACAAACAAGUCUAUUUUCUAUUUUCUUGAAAACGCAUUCUUUCUGUACAUCUGUCUCUUUGAGUCCCUAGUUUCCUCCAAAGCUCAGCUCAUGAACCAUUUCCUACAUGAUGCCCUUUAGUUGUUAGUUCUCAUCCCUCUCCUAAAAUGUCUGUGUGUUUACACUGUAUAGAUUUUGUGUUUUUAUAUGCAAGUGUUAAUUCACCUGAUUGAGUGUUAUUCCCUGAGAAAGAAUUGUUCCCCAGAGUCUAGAACUUUACCUGCCAAAUAUAGUAGGCACUUAAGUGAUAGACUCAUUGAUUUUCCUUGUCUUAUACAAUAUCUGGCAUAUUAUAGGUGUUAAAUGGAAUAUUAGAUGGUGGAGUUUUUUUUUUACAUGUACACAAGGUUGUGUAAUCUUGGGCUUGAUUUAAGAUUUAAGAUAUUGAUCUACAAUAUCUAAAAUUAGAAAAGUCAAAUGAUAUAGAUGUGAACAUUUUCUGAAAACUGUAAAGCAUUAUGUGAAAAUUGAUGUUAUGAUAAAUAAAGAUAGACACUGGACAAAGUUUUAUAAUUAUAUACUUUAAUUUGUUUUCCAUAUUGAUGCUUUCAUAAAUAAAUGACUUUUUCUGUGUUGCA